AUGCUGUCUGUGUCUGUGGAGGAGGAGGAGGAGGAGGAGGAGGAGGAGGAGGAGAAGGAGAAGGAGGAGGAGGAGGAGAAGGAGGAGGAGAAGAGAAAUAUGUGGAAAGGAGACAGAAGAGAAGAGGGAGAGGAGACAGAAGACGAAGAGGGAGAAGAGAGGGAUGAGACAGAAGAGAAGAGGGAGAGGAGGGGGGGAGAAGGAGACAGACAAGAGGGAGAGGAGGGAGAAGAGACAGAAGGAGAAGAGGGAGAGGAGACAAAAAGAGACAAGAGAAGAUGGGAGGGAGGGAGAGGAGACAGAAGAGAAGAGGGAGAGGAGACAAAAGAGGGAGAGGAGAGAGAAGAGAUGCUGGUACUUUGUCGGCACAACUGA